GAGUUAUGUUUAGAAGUCAUGGGGUCUUCAGAAUGUGUUGCUGUGGUGUAGGGAGGCUCUGCACCUCUGUAUUAAUUAACUGAGCUGGGCUUGUAUUUGACAGACCCUCCUCUUGCCUUGCAAAGUCCUGACAAGCCAGAUCAUAAAAGUAUUAAACUUGAGGUUCUGAUAAGCUGGAAACACUGGUGGAAAAAAGUAAGCAAGAAGGCAAAGAAAGGGCUGGGACCUUUUUGAAGGAAAAGAAAACCUGGGGCCAGAUGCCACUGAACGCAGGAGCAGAAGCCGGUUACGGCAGCGUGGCGGGGGCCGGCGGGCUGCCAGAGGGCGAGGGCGCCUCGGAGACCGCGCCUCUGCUCGCCCCGGAGCCGGUCUACCAGUGGCAGCCAAUGAACAGGCAGCAGCUGCAGGCCGCCGCGGGGGGUUCGGGCUGGAGGGCGGUACGCUGUUACCUGGUGGUGCUCUUCUGGCUCGCCUGGAUGGCCAUGCUCGCCGUGGCUGUCGCCAUCGUCGUCAUCAGCCCGAAGCCGGUUCCGACGUCGCUGAAGUGGUGGCAGAAGUGUCUGUUCUAUCAGAUCCAGCCGGACCUGCGCUCGGACGCGCAGGCCGAAGGGUCAGAGAGCAUCAACGCGGCGUGUGAGCGCCUCCCCUACCUCCGGUCUUUGGGAGUAGGAGCCCUAAUCCUGCAGGGCGUGUUUCAUAAAAAGCCAUCACCGGCGAACCUCACGGAGCCCAUUGAAAGCCUGGAAACAAAGACUCGGAUACAACAUCUGCUUGCAGAGAGCAACAAAUCAGAUCUGAAAGUGGUGUUGGACAUAUGUGAAGUGAAUCUGCUGGGACAUCAGGAGACCGUCGGAUACGGAAACACAACAUCUAACCGCUCAGCUACUGAUGUACUGAGGCUCUGGUUGGAGCGAGGUGUGUCAGGAUUUGUCAUCUGUGAUACUGAUCCAGCAUAUUCAGUGGAGACUCUUCUAGAGUGGAGAGGAGUAUUUGAAGAAUUCAGCAGUCGACAGGAUGAAAGGAUUUUGGUGGUAAAACAAACAUCAGAUGUUCUACGUCCACUGAAUGUCUCAACUCAAAGCAACAUCACGCUGAUAAAUGUGGUCCUGAAGUCCAUCUUGCCAAAGUCGCAGCAGCCGCUGUCUGCUGAGGAAGUAGCUGAAGCCAUAGAGACGCAGCUGCAAACGAGACCGGACGACACGUGGACCAGCUGGACUGUUGGAGGUGAAGUAUCGGGCGAGCUGAAGAGGAUACUCCUGGUUCUGAUGAUGACUCUGCCAGGAUCACCUGCUUUCACGUAUAAGGAACAGAUCGACCAAACUUGGGAUGAGAAGACGAAGCACCCUGAAGUGGCCCUCUUCUCCACCCUCAGCCACUCCAAAUCCAGAGAACAAGCCCUCCUUUACGGCAGCCUGACAUUUCUCCCCUUCAAUACCACAUACAACUUUUCCUCGAGCUUGUUGUCCAACUCCUCGGUUUCCUCUCCUCCCAUGCUGGGCUUCCUGCGCUCCUGGGGUUGCGCGCAGUUCCUCGUUCUGCUCAACGUGUGGCCCCAGCCCCUCUCUCUGGACCCGGCCUGGGCUCCCAGCCUGCCUGAAACGGGGGUGUAUGUGGCCAGCACGGGGAUGGACCACAUGGGCUCGACGUCUCUGUACUCAGUCAGACUGCAGCCCUACGAAGCCGUCGUGAUCAAGCUGUUCAGGCCAGGAGGCUACUCGUAGAGCUUCAGCUGUGUUAAGAUUUAAUUAUAAGGAUAAGUUGUGAUGGAGAAAUGGUAAAUGUUUUUUAAACUUCUGGCACAUGCGCUGGAAAUGCCUGCUAGAUUUGAGCGUCUAGUUUUCUGUUUACCUCCUUAAAGCUUAUCUGUUAAUGAUCUGUUCACGGAAAAUGUUUUGGUAAGCUCAAAAAAGACAUCUGAAUGUUGCUGUCUGAAUCUAGCGGUGCAGAUAUGUUUUGCAUUUCUGUAGAUGUUGAAAGAUGAUUUCUAAAACUUCAGAUCAGUCGAAUUUAGAACAAAGCCUGUGUAUAUGAAAACAUUGUGAUGUUUGAAGAUUUACAGUUUACAUUUUUUUUAAGACUGAGCUCUUGUUGUCCAAGACUGGUGCUAUCAACUAUAAAAAGAUCAUGUUGGACUAAAAACCGAACAUAUGUGAAUAAACAUGGAGGCAGCAGAAACGGUGUUAAUCAUACAUAACUCCUAUAUCACUUGAAAUAUUGUUGAAUAUUUUCCCUUGGCAGUAGUUUAGAAGUUCUCUCUCAGCUUAUUCUCGUCACAUCCUUGUUAAAAAGCUGAAGGGUUACUGCGUCAAACCUUCAUUUGAUGUUUGGUUCCUCAAUUAAAAUCUUGCCACGGAUGGUUUUUGGUGA